UGGCGAUGCAGGAUUCCAUGAGUAAGAGGAAGGGGUCCUUCUCACAGCAUAUUCUCGCUGCAUCCGUCAGUCAACCGUGGGAAAGGGCCACAACUGAUAACCACGUGCCCUACUACAUCAAUCAUUCCUUGCAGUCAACUCAUUGGGACCAUCCGGAUAUGACCAAGUUCAUGGAGUCCCUUGGUGAUUACGAUGAGGUGAGAUUCUCUGCCUACAGGACUGCCAUGAAACUCAGGAGUCUUCAGAAGGCUCUUCAUCUCGACUUGAUAACCCUGGACAUCCUGGACUCAUCAUUCCAAUCCUUUCCAACUUUGAAACUUUCAAAGUCCCUCCUAGCAACGACAACAACGACAGCAACAACAGCAGCAGCAGCAACACCAACAAUAUCGUCAGCCACAACAACUCCAACGGCCACGCCAACAAAGCCAAACAAAAUCCAAAAGAAAAAACAACAACAAAAGCCGACAACACCGACAACCCCAACGACAACUAACAACUUCAACGACGCUGCAACCACACCAGACGAUAACCACGACGACGACGACAUCACAAAAAGUUUGGAUCGUACCACUUUUAAUCAUCUGAGGUGUGUCCGAGUCCUCGGUGUUGUUGAGAUGGCCGGCUGUUUGAGGUCCUGUUUCGAGAAGUUGCACUCUGAUCUUAGUGCAACUCUGGCGCCAAAAAACCAAAAAGAUGUAAAUAAAAAUAAUGACGUCAUCGUCAAUAAGAGAUGUGCUGAAGUUGAUAUGAAUAUUCCACUUGCUAUGGAUCUUGUGCUUAAUUGGUUGCUUAAUGUUUUCGACAGCGCCCGUAUGGGGUCGAUCGAUGUUUCAUCAUUCAAGACAGGAUUGGUCAUGUUGUGCGGUAGUAGCAUGGAGGAGAAGUACAGAUAUAAUACGCAGUCGUCCAUGUUGAAACUGAGCAGGCGACAGUUGGCACAUCUUCUGCAUGAUGUGAUGAUGAUUCCCAAGCAAAUUGGAGAGGCGGGGGCGUUCGGGGGCACCAACUCUCAGCCUAGUGUGAAUAGCUGUUUCGAGAUGAAACAAAACCAACAACAACCACAGCAACAAAUAACCGAGCAACAAUUUCUGAACUGGACUCGUCUGGAACCACAGUCAAUCGUAUGGGUGGCCGUCCUUCACAGACUGACCUUAUCAGAGGGGGCUAGCCAUCAUGUCAAGUGUCACGUGUGCAAGAAGUUCCCUAUUAAAGGCUUGAGGUACCGUUGUCUGAAAUGUUUCAGUUUGGACAUGUGCCAGAACUGUUUCUUCUCUGGAAAAACUGCCAAGAGUCACAAGUUGAACCAUCCUAUGCAAGAGUACAGCAGCGAGACCACCUCACACGAGGACGUCAAGGACUUCACCAAAAUCAUCCGCAACAAAUUCCGCUCCAAACGCUACUUUCAACGCCACCGAAGACUCGGCUACCUUCCCGUGGACAACAUCAUGUUCAGCAGCAAUGUUGAGAAUACCUUUCAGAACAACAACAACAACAACAACAACAUUAAUGACGUCAUCGGCAAUAACAACAACAACGCCAACGAUGCUGACGUCAACGCCAGCAAACGAAACACCCACACUGACCAACAAAACGAACACAACCUCAUCGCACAGUACUGCCUCAGUCUUAAAGGAUACUCGCCAGAUGGACAGCCUAGCAGUCCUUUAGAGAUAAUGAAGAAAGUCGACGGCGAGAGGAAGGAAGAGAUAGAGGAGAUGAUCGUCAAGUUGGAACUGGAAAACAGAAACCUCCAAACAGAAUACGACCGUCUUCUCCAAAAUAAAUCCCUCCUUGCCAACAAAAAUCUCCCGUCCAACGACGAUUCACCAAAAUUUCACAAAACCCAAGUGUUUGGUGACGCUAGUAAAGAGGAAGUGGUUAAUGGUGGUGUGGCUGUAGGUGGUGGUGGCGUUGGCUGCGAAGACGUCGAGGAGAGCGCCAGAAAGUUGGAAGAAAAGUUGAGGGCACUGGAUGAAAGUAAUCAACUGCUGCACGCUGAGUUGUCGCAGAUUUUAGAUCAGGAGUCCAACGCUAACAGAAGAAUUUUGAGGUUUCCAUCGACUUCAUCGUCACCAACGUCGAAGACGCCCGUAGUAUCGUCAUCAGCAGCCGUAGUAGUAGCACCAUCAUCCUCCCCAUCUUCAACAUCAUCACUGCCAAGAAGGGAUCCACCAACAUUCAGUCAAAGAGACAACGCCCAGCGAGAAGCCGAACUGGAUGAUCUGUUGAAGAGGCUGCAAACAUCUGACCUGCCCUUAUCGCCUGGUGAGGCCAGUGUCGAUGGACUGUUUCGCGAGGUGGAAGAAAUAAACAGGGCAGUUGAAACUUUGGUCGACAUCAUGACUGAGGACGAAGGCGAUGAUAAUGAGGCCACCCACCAUCAUCAUCUUUCGUCACUUCUUCCUCCUCCUCAUCCGGCAUCCGCUUCCGCUACCACUAGUAGUAGUGCCGCGACUGCCGCUACUACUUCUACUACUUCACAGCAACAUCAUUACCAUCAUCAACGGCGUGUUGAUGGAAAGUAUUAAGGCGCCGUUGAUGUUGUUGUUAUUGUUGUUGUUAUUGUUGUUGUGGUUGAUGCGGUUAUUGUUAAUGUAAUUGUUGCUAUUAUGGUUAUUGUUCUCGAUGUUAUUGUAAAACUGUGGUCGCCUUACAGUUGAAUGGUGCUAAAAUGAUAUAAGAUAUAAGAAAUAAUAUACGAAAUGGUAAUAGUACCCGUCUACAACACAACCAACGACAUCAAUACUAGAAAUCAUCAUCCAAAAAACAAGUAAAAUGCUGAUUUCAACAGCAUCGGUAACACCAAUGACAAACACCAAUAUAUAACAAUGACAUCAGCAGCAUUAAAUUAAUAAGACCACCAAUAGCAGCAAUAAAUAACUCAAGCAAUAAAUUUCAUAACAUGACAUUAACAAUAACACAACACAUAACGACAGCACAUUACAGUAUGACACAUCACAAUAACAACAAUAUAUGUGGCAAUCUUUACUAAUAACAAUGAGCUUAUAACCGGAUAUAUACAUGUAUGUAUAUAUUUA